UUUGCCUUGUGCAGCGGAAUUGAAAUUGUCAAUAGUAGUUUCGGAGCGAGCUCUAGCAAGGACGAUCUUUUUGUUCAUUUUUAUCACCCUUUGAAGUAAUAUCCUGUCACUUGGGGCUUCCUUGUGUACACUCAUCCUGCCUCUUUUCAGAAUUUCUAGCAGGAUCGAGCUCUGGAGUUUAUUUAUUUAUUUUUAUGUGCGUGUAGUCUUGCUGAAAUCCUCUUUAAAAAAAAAAAAAAGCAACGGCAGGAACUGCUGGAUUUUCUUUUUGAUUUUUUUUUUACCUGGAGCGGCUGAACGGGGUUCGGCUGGGAAAAGGAGGGCAUUGAGGGUGGGAAGCGGUUGAAUUUCGGUGGCCGGACACACGUCCCCAGCCCAGGCAAUACUUGUGUUUUCUUGGAAGCGCUACAGCAGCGGGGAAGGAGUCUUUAGACACCGUGCCAGUUCCAAUAUGGCGGGCUAAGGUGGCUUUUAAAAACUGAAAAUAAAGGUUUUGAGGUGGGAAAAAACCCAACUGAAGUGGCCACGCCUUAGUUUCGACUCUCUUUGGUUACUCCAGGAGCUGCUUUAGCGAAUUAAAUAGGAAAAAAGAAGUGGAGCGAGCUGUUCCAGUUUUUUCCGUGGUUUAUCUGUAUUAAGUCCAUUGCUAGAGGAUACAGGGUGGAGGGGUGCCUUGGGCCAGAACGAGGGUAUCCAAGCGCAACUGCUUCCCUCGUGUGUGUGCUUUUGGGGCCGUGUACAACUCAGAAUGUGCAGUCAGUCGCUAGGGUGUGUUUAAAGAAGCCCCCCCUCCCCCACGCCAACGUGCGUAUGAGUCUCAGAACCAGACUCGGCCACGAUCUGACGUGACAAACUGCUGACACGAGGUGCAAAAUCCACGAGGGCAGAGGGAAUGAUUAAUUUCGCUUUUCUAGGAGACGUGUUUUCUUUCUUCCUCAGCGAUGGAUCCUGCGUCGAAUAGGCGGAGCGAGGAGAGUCUGGAAUUCCAACUGCAAGUUCCUGCAAGGUUUCCUGCUAAGCACCAGGUCGCUUUGACAGAGGACAUCCAUCUCUGAAGAUCCCGAGAGGAGUUUGUUGCCUUUGUAUCGCUCCCUGAAGGAUGAAUUAAGGGAGCUCGAGGCAUAGUCAACAGCAUGGAGAGACGUUUGCCAGUUUUGAAGAUCCGCACCUCAUCCUCCUCUCUGGAAAGGAUUACCAGCCCAGAAAAUGGGAAUGGGAGUCUUGACACAGAGGAAGAUUCCAGGCAGGAGGAAACUGAGUUCAGCUGGGGAGACUAUUUGGAUGAGACGGGUGCCAGAGCGGUACCACACGUGUGCUUCAGACAUGUGGAGAUCAGCAUUCAGAGUAACUUCCAGCCAGGAAUGAAGUUGGAGGUGGCCAACAAGAACCAUCCAGACACUUACUGGGUGGCCACGAUCAUCACCACCUGUGGACAGCUGCUGCUCCUGCGUUACUGUGGUUAUGGGGAGGACCGAAGGGCUGACUUCUGGUGUGAUGUCAUCAUAGCAGAUCUGCACCCUGUGGGGUGGUGUACUCAGAACAACAAGGUGUUGAGGCCCCCGGAUGCUAUCAAAGAGAAGUAUGCCGACUGGGAGGAAUUCCUCAUACAUGAAUUGACUGGUUCUCGGACAGCACCUGCAAGCCUUCUGGAAGGUCCUCUGCGAGGGAAAGGCCCAAUAGACCUCAUUACAGUUGAUUCCUUAAUAGAGCUGCAGGACUCUCAGAAUCCCUUUCAGUACUGGAUAGUUAGUGUGAUUGAAAAUGUCGGAGGAAGAUUACGCCUUCGCUAUGUGGGAUUGGAGCACACUGAAUCCUAUGACCGGUGGUUAUUUUACUUGGAUUACAGACUUCGACCAAUUGGUUGGUGUCAAGAAAAAAAAUACAGAAUGGAUCCACCUUCAGAACUUUAUUAUCUGAAGUUGCCUUUUGAAUGGAAAUGUGCACUAGAAAAAGCCUUGCUUGCCGCUGCAGAGUGUCCCCUUCCAAUGGAAGUAUUUAAGGACCAUGCAGACUUGGGAAGCCAUUUCUUUACAGUUGGGAUGCGGCUGGAGACAUUGCACAUCAAUGAUCCCUUUCAUAUCUAUCCUGCAACAGUGACCAAGGUUUUUAACAGUCAGUUUUUCCAAGUGGCCAUUGAUGACUUAAGAGCCGAGACUAAUGGACUCACAAUGCUGUGCCACGCAGAUUCUUUGGGGAUUUUGCCAGUACAGUGGUGCCUUAAAAAUGGAGUCAACCUCGCUCCUCCCAAAGGUUACUCAGGCCAGGAUUUUAACUGGGUGGAUUAUCACAAGCAGCGCGAGGCCGAAGGAGCCCCUCCUUACUGCUUCAAAAAUACAUUUGCUCGGGGCUUUGCAAAGAACAUGAAGCUUGAAGCUGUGAACCCCAAGAAUCCAGGAGAGGUGUGCGUGGCCACUGUGAUCAGCGUGAGAGGGAGUUUGUUAUGGCUCCGUUUAGAAGGUGUGGAGACACCGAUGCCAGAGAUCAUUGUGGAUAUAGAUUCCAUGGACAUCUUCCCCGUAGGCUGGUGUGAAGCGAAUUCUUACCCUUUGACCACACCAUACAAGUCGUCCUCAAAAAGCAAGAAAAAACCGAUCACUGUACCUCCGGAAAAACCAUCGUUACCCCCAGUGCCUGUUGAGAAUAUACCUCAAGAGCUUUGCCUGCCCCCUCAGACGGACACCGCAGCAGGAGCCGCCAAUGAGAAGUACUACUGCCCACAGCUGUUCGUCAACCACCGGUGUUUCUCAGGCCCGUUCCUGAACAAAGGAAGGAUUUCAGAACUACCUCAGUCCGUGGGACCUGGCAAGUGCGUGCUGGUGCUUAAAGAGAUUCUUACCAUGAUUACCAAUGCAGCCUACAAGCCCGGGAGGGUGUUGAGAGAGUUACAGCUGGUAGAAGAUCCAGAGUGGGAUUUCCAGGAGGAGGUGCUCAAGGCAAAAUACCGAGGCAAAAUAUACAGGGCCGUGGUCAAGAUCGUGCGGACAGCAGACCAAGUAACAAGCUUCUGCCAGCAAGUUUGUGCCAAACUGGAGUGCUGUCCGAACUUAUUCAGUCCCCUGCUGAUCUCUGAAAACUGCCCGGAGAAUUGUUCCAUCCGCACCAAAACCAAAUACACCUAUUACUAUGGGAAAAGGAAGAGGAUCAUUAAACCUCCACUCGGAGAAAGCAACACUGAAAGCGCACCAAAACCCACCAGGAGAAGGAAACGAAGAAAAUCAAUCUAUGUGCAGAAGAAACGGAAAUCCUCUGCGGUGGCCAUGCCAGCGACCUCGGCACAGGAAACUGAAGAGGACGAUCCAGAGGCCCUGGACACUGCAAGCGAGGAAACUGGUUACGUGGUCCAGAAUUACAAGACACAGCAUGUACCAGUAGAGAUGCCCUUUACCCGUUCACAGAGGGCUAUGAUCCUGAGGAAACAUUCAGGGGCUGUAAAGCACCCUCCAGUGGAAAGGGCACGGAGGGUCCGCUCAGUGCACUCUACUGCCUCUUCUAAUAACAGAAACAAGGUUCCACUUGUCAGGAUUGAGAAAUCAGAGGACCCAAGGCAGUCGGAGGAGGAGAAACUGAUUCUUGAGAGCAAUCCGCUGGAGUGGUCCGUCACAGAUGUGGUGCGAUUCAUUAAGCUGACUGACUGUGCACCUUUGGCCAGGAUCUUUCAAGAGCAGGACAUCGAUGGCCAGGCUCUCCUCCUGCUCACUCUCCCAACAGUGCAGGAGUGCAUGGAGCUGAAGCUAGGACCUGCGAUCAAAUUAUGCCAUCAGAUCGAGAGAGUGAAAGUGGCUUUCUACGCCCAGUACGCCAAUUAGCUCACCCUUCCCGAGUGGGCAUCGCCUGAUUCUGAUUAUGCUGUGUUUGUUGUAAAGGUUUUCAGGACCGAGGCCUUGAUUUCCUGGGCUUUGUGAAAUGGCACAAUCCAUUGGGGGUCUCCAAAAAGCCAGAAGCCCAGGACCUCUUUCUUGCACCAGCCUAUUUGGUAGUCCUAUGUUUUUAAAGCACACGGAAGGAACACCAGCAGUGUAUUGUGAACGUUCUGAGACAGACCUUCCCUGGCUCAGGGCCUCCGAUUCCCUUUUUUUCUCCCACUCAAAGCAGGUAGUUUUAUGGAAGUCAGGUCUCCUUACACUGAGGUCUAGGUUCCUGGGAAACUCAGAUGGAUUAGGUGUAUCCUAGCAGAACCCCCGUCUAGCUGCCAUUUUUGCCUGACUCAGCCUCAAGCUCUCUUACAGCUCUGUCUGACGCACACACGCACGCACGCUACCGUGGUUUAGAGUCACCUCCUAUUCCAUUUGGUCUCACUUAAGCUCCAUUCUCCCAUACAACUCUGGACUCCAUUCAGCUCCGUCCUCUGUCAGAGGUGCCUUUUCACAAGUAUGGCAGCUUGCCACGAGCCCGCUACCGUGUAAGCAAAGCCUAGAACACUCUAUGUAGUCUCCUCCAGAACCAUAGCUUCAAUGUUUUAAGAUCACUGUGACCCAUCAGGAGGAGGCUGCUUUAGGGAAGUUAUCAAAUUCUGUAUUGAAGAAACAUUUUCAGGGAGCAAGUAUAGGAAAAGACUUUGGGGACAGUGCUUCUCGUGAGCUAGCUGUAUCCACUUAGAAUGUUAACACAGAUGGUUGCUACAAGCAAACCCCUCCGAGCCUCUCUUCCGCUAGUGCCUAGCUUGCCACAUGGAAAGGAAUCCCAGGGGAGCAACAUAAGAUAGCAGAGCAAAUACUGGAUCUGGAUCCAGUGGGUUUCCAUCCAUUGUCUAGUGGCCAACUUCAUGUCCUUGGGUAACUUGCCACCACCCUGGACCCCAAGUUCCCAUUGAGAAGUAAGGUAGACAUUCACUAGAGAGGCACUGAGGGCACCUUUCCCCUGCUCCCGCUAGAGAGGAGUCUAGGUAGACCAUAAUGAGAGAAAGAAUGUGGCCUCAGAGUUUAACCCUCCAUCUUCUGCCUUUCACUCUCUUUUGGGGUUGCUUGUGAAAUGUCAUCUGUAGCCUAAUCAGUGAUUAUAAAAUCUGGCUGAUACCAGCACUCACCUGUAUUUUCCUGUGAUCUUGCAAACCCAAAGGAGCUGAGGCACAUUAUAACGUGGAGGUCACCUCCAUGUCUUUUGGAAACCAGGCAGGGAAACCAGCCUUUCAUUCUGCUUAGGAGUGCCUCACUUUGGAAGCUUAACUUCCCACCUAUCCGGGCCUUACUGGUUUACUUUGUGGUUUCCCAUAGUUUUUUCAUAAUCACAUUUCCUUCAUCUGUUGUCCUUGACUAGAACCACAACUGUCCCAGAGCAUGGGAUGACAGCUGAUAGCUGCUUGUCCUUUGGCUGAGGUUUAAGGCAGGGUAGCCCAUCAGCCCGUGAAAGCUCUGGUUGCCUAUGUUAGGCACCCAUUCUCGGCACGGUCAUGGUUGCAGGUGGAAUUGGAAAGCGAAUUGUGUGUGGCUGAGACACUUUAGUCUUCCCUGAAGCUGGUUCUCUACGUCAAGCCUGUAGGCCGUUGGCAAAUGGGUGUGCCUAGGGACAAGUGGUGUUGGACUGUGUCCUCUGGAGCUGUAAGGAUGGAGCCACUCCUGUCGGUGUCUGUGUGGUUGCCUUGCAGUUAGAUUUCUCUCUUCUAAACUACAUGUUGAACCUUCCUUGCUUCAUCUGCCUUCUCAGCCACACACUUUUGGCCAUAAAUACUCAGUCUACCGGUUGGAAAGGGUAUCUAUUUCAAGAUGGGGGGGUGACAUUUCUCCUGUAUCGACUCCUUGAUUCUUCACUGUGGUCUUUUCAAGCUGAGCUAUUUCUUUUGCAUCUGAAAUGGGAUGUGGCUAUGGCAUCGCUAGAACACGAUUUGCUUUCAGAACAAAUGUCACUUUCUCAUGCCAUUUCCCGUAAUGACACAGAGGAGGAGGCGUUGCCCCAUAACAUGAGGAUUUCCUAGAGGUCUCCUGAGCCCACAGAAAGCCAGAAAAGCACUGACAGAAAAGUCUGUCAGGACAUGUCCACCAUUGGUCAGAAACCCUUCUUCUGUGGAUCCAAAUGUUCCAGCCCCUCUCCAUGCUUCAGCCUUGCAGUUUAGCGUUGGUCUUCCUCUGCAGUGUCAGCUCCCCCAGCCUUGCUUUGGCAAGGAAGAGGUGACAGUAAUCUUACCAGGGGCUACUCUCAUCAUAGUGGCUGUCAACCCGCAAGCCAUCCCCCCAACCCCCGUGAGACUUGAGAAGUAUCUUGAUGACCAAAGAGGAUGAUUUUUCUCAGAGAAAGGUGCCAGUGUCGUCCUCCGGAGCUUUGAUCCAGGAUGGUGUGCUCACGUGCGCAAUGCAAUUUUGUCACCAGAUUGUAAUGUGGGUUUUGUCUCUCUCUACCCUUGCCUCUCACUGUGUUUGUCUGAGUCACAGAACUGAUUUCCACUGUGUUUGUCUGAAUCACAAAGCUGAUUUCCAAGGAUUGAUUGGGAAGAAAUAGAUGGAUUUUUAUACACGUACACCAAAAAUAUUCUGCCCUAAGUACCAUGGAAUGAUGCCCUUGCCUCAUUACUUCCUUGUUGGUAUCAUUUCCUUAUCUCUUUGAUUAUCUUCUGGGACCAGUGUCCGCUCCUCCAAGCACCCACCCUUUGGGUGCAUCACUCCAUUCAUGGCAUGACCAGUCCAUGCCAUAUGACUGAGGAGUGGAAGUGCCACCUCAACUUCAGUGAUGACAGUCUGUCAUUUAUGCCCACCUUAAAAUGUAGGGAGCUUGUUUCAGCCCCCAAUUUCUGGAGUAUAUUUGUUCUGUGUUAUAUAAAAAAAAAAGGAUCCUGGCCACAAAAUAAAACAUGCUCUGAUCAAAGCUGGCUGUCCUCGCACUGCACAUCGCUGCUAUUCAACAAUGGUGUCCUCCACCACAGUGUCAAAUCUAGAGCAUGGAGAACUGGUCUGUCACUUUUAAAAUUAGAUGCCUUUGAUCAGAGCUUGACUCACAGACAGCAUUUGAGCUCUCCAGCUAUUUGAGUGCCUAGACCUUAUUUGAUCAUAUUCAAAAGAUCACUUCCCAUGCUUGCUUUGAUUUGGUCCUCAAUAAAUUAAAAUGAUCCACACUUUAACACUGCCACAUCUGACCUUCACUGCCACCUUUAGAUGGUUCCUUUUGAUCAACCCUUUGAAGAUGGCUCCCUCCUAAUCUAUGUCAUACAAUUCUGAGUGCUCUAUGAAGCAAAUAUUGGCUCUGUCUUCUGUCUACACCAAAUGCCACUUCCUGAGAUUCGUCCCGAGUUCUGGAAGCACUUGUGAUUUCCAUACUCAUUUCCUAUAACACCCACUCAUAUUCACUUCUCUAUAAAGAAACAGCACAGAACUGUAUUGGGAUCUCUGUUGUGGUUCGACAUCGCUGUCUUUGGGUUACGGUAUUGAAUCUAGGUUCCAGUUACUCUCUGUCCCGUCUUACGGAGCUGUGAUUGAGUGUGCAAUGAUUUGGAAGAAAAUGCAAAUUAAGAUAGCUGUGGUGUUUAUGCCAGAAGCCUCUGGGGACAUCUGCUGUUUGUGUCUCUUUGGUGCAAUAAUUAAAUAGGGAGGAGAAGCCCAACUGGUAACCACACAACUAAAUGAUUCUUCUACUUGCUCACUGUUGCUUUCUGUCACAGAUUCUCUCUGUGUGUUGGCAAAAAUCACUCUCCUUAAUCAGAUUAACUUCUUAAAUUGCUUAAUUCUCAUAACUUUAAAACUAGGGUGGUUUGCAGGUAUCCAACAUAUGCUAUGACAACGACAUUGUGAUAUUUGUGACCCAUUUAAUUUGCUGGAAGUUCAUGGCUGCUCUCCUGCCCCCUCUCCUUGGGCUUUUUGUGGUUGAAACAGUGAAUAACGCUUCGGUUUUCUGAACUGUACACAUCCUUGUUCAGGUUUCUUCUGAUGACUAAGACUCAGUACCAGGGAGAUGUAGGCCAUAUCACGGAACCCAGGCAGUGCAGUGCUUUGGGUGGGACAAAGAGAAGCCCUCGAGAAAAAAAGUUCUAGAACAAUCUUUUGCUUUAAAAAAGUCGUUUUAUUAUGAAAACUGUGAGAAGGGUUUUUUUUUUUAAUUUCAAUUAAAGAAAAAGUGAACAUCUGACCUGUCAUUCAGAAUGCAAGCUAACAUCAUCCCCGUGAGCAGAGAGAACCCUAGUCAGUGAUGGCAGGAGCCCUUUACCCCUCAUGUUCCAUUUUGAAAAGUUUGUAUUGAAAUUUGGUUCAUACCUUGUGCAUUGGCGCAUAAAAGAAAAACAAAAAACAAAUCCGUGUCUUUAGGUUUAAAGUUUAAAGGGGCAAAGGGCAUGCUCUCUCAGUUUGCUGUAAAAUUGUAUUCUGUAUAUAUGUUUCCAUGUACAUAAAGGAAAAUAUAUAUCAGAGUUAUAUUUUAAUUUUUAUUCUAAAUGGAAAAAACCCUUUUUACUUGAAAACAUGGACGCCACAUUGCUAAUAAAGUAAAUAUAAAUUCUA